CGUGUGUACCCACCGCAACAUACACGCACUGCAAGCGGCGGAACAGCGCCCUGUACCGGCUGGACAGUCCGUCUGCUUGAGGUGUGCUGGCCAACGACAAGCGGAGGAAUGAGCACUCAGGAGGGUCCUAGUGAUGAGCCAGAUCAGGGGGAGUCUGGGAGCGUGCAGGAGACCCCCGAUUCUGAGCCAGUGGAGACGGCCACCCAGGGGUCCCCCACUGCGGCAGAGAAGGCGGAGGCGGAGGCGGGGUCGGCCACACCCAGCAACGGACAAGCGGGGGACAGCAGCCUCCCUGCAGAGAUCUGUGUGGUCAUCGGAGGGUCCCGCAACACUCAAACUCUGGGCUCCUAUGUCUGUGGCAUAUGCGGGAAGAAAUACAAGUACUACAACUGCUACCAGACCCACGUUCGAGCUCACAGCGAGACCGAGGGUAGCGCCAGAGAGGGUGUGACACCAAGCCUCAACAGCAGUUUCCGCUAUGCCUGUGAUAUUUGCGGAAAGAAGUACAAGUACUACAGCUGCUUUCAAGAGCAUCGGGAUCUGCACGCUGUCGAUGACCCCUAUGACCAGGUCGUCAUACCGGUGGAUGACCAGAAAGAUGAAGAGCAGGUGGAGCCCUUCCAGAAAGUGGGACCGAAAACUGGGAGCUAUGUGUGUGAGUACUGUGGGAAACAGUACAAAUACUUCAACCCCUACCAGGAGCACGUGGCCCUUCACACCCCCAUAAAUCGUUCACUCCGUGACCUGCAGUCCCCUCGUUCCCAACAACGUAGCGGCGAUGUCAGCAAACAUGUGAAAACAGGGCACCCCAAAUCAGGACCCAACCAAACAGAGAGUGCUUUCUGUCGGAAGAUGGAGGGGAAAAUUCAGACUUCUGUGGGAGAGACUAACAGCUCACAGAACUCUGGCGGGACUAAAAAAGCCAUGGUGCCUGCUUCAUUUCCUGUGGUGCCGAAACCCUACACCUGUGGUGCCUGUGGGAUCCAGUUUCAGUUCUACAACAACCUGCUGGAGCACAUGCAGUCGCACGCAGCUGACAACGAAAACCACAUCAACGUUGAUCCCCCCAGAAUAUCCCCCGCCCCCCCGGCUCCUGCCCCCACCCCCACUUCCGCUCCUGCCCCUACCCCAUCCCCCGCUCCCACCCCCCCUGCCCCUACCCUCCCUGCCCAGAGGAAUCAUGCUACUAACCGUGACAGCAUCCUCCCAGAGAAGGACCGGCAGCAGGUAGCGGAGCGGUUGCUCAGGGUGAUGUGCGCCGACCUGGGUGUGCUGAACGUCCUGAGCGGCAAGGACUUCCUGAAGCUGGCCCAGACGCUGGUGGACACCGGGGCGCGGCACGGGGCCUACUCCCUGCGCGACGCCCUGGGGGACAUGAGCUCGCUGGCCCUCCGGCAGCUGCCCCGCAUGUACAACCAGGUGAAGGUGAAGGUGACGUGCGCCCUGGGCUCCGGCUCCUCGCUGGGCAUCGCCGUCACCUGCCACUCCCACGCGGUGGGGCCGGACGCCUGCUACGUGCUGACGGCCUACCAGGCGGAGGGCUCGCAGGUCCGGCGCUACGUCCUGGGGGUGAAGGAGGCCGACCUGCGGGAGGCGGGCGACAGCGUCCACCAGUGGGUGCAGAACGUCCUGUCCGAGUUCGUCAUGUCGGAGAUCCGCACCAUCUACGUGACGGAGCCGCGGGUGUCGGGCGUGCCCUUCUGCGGCCGGGCGGGGGCCUGCCUGCGGUGCGCCGGCUGCUCGCUGGCCGCCGUGGUGCAGGCCGUGCUGGGGAAGCGCAGCCUGCAGGCCCGGGGGCUCCAGGAGCUGGGCGAGCUGAUGGCCACGUGCCGGGACGUGGCGGCGGUGGCCGGGCUGACGCGGGAGGCGGCGGGCGGGGAGGGGAUCCCCGAGGCGCCCCCGCCCUGCUGGGACGAGGGCGCCGAGACGCUGCUGCUGGUGCACGAGCAGCUGGAGCAGCUGUGCGAGGCGUUCGGGCGGGGCAAGCGGGCGGCACCCAUCCUGCAGGGGCUCAACAAGCCGCUGCUGGGCACCCUGGCCUCUCUGCUGGCCCCCCUGCGCCAGGCCGUCCUGGAGCUGAGCAGCGAACGCCGGCCCACCCUCCCGCUGGUGCUGCCGGCCUACCUGCGGCUCGAGAAGCUCUACACCUCCAAGGCCGGGGAGUCGGGCACCGGGGGCCGGGUCUGCCACUACUUCCUGGAGGCGCUGAAGGAGAACCUGAGGGUGGAGCGCCCCCACCAGGUGGCCAUGGUGCUGGACCCCCAGCUGAAGCUGCGGCCCGUGCCCACCCACCAGCACGACGAGAUCAUGGCCAAGGUGUGCGAGGCGGCGGGCGAGAUGAGGGAGGCGGGCGGGGCGGCGGCCGUCACCGGGGACGACGGAGGCGGGGGCGGGGCCGGCGAGGGCCCCGCGGGGAAGAAGAGGCCGCGGCUGGAGGGCGGGGCCGCGCGGGCGGACGAGCCCAAGGUGAGGAAGGAGCUGUUCCAGUACCUGGCCGAGCCCACGUUCCACGCGGCGCCCGACCUCCUGCAGUACUGGAGCUCCGCGGCGGAGAAGUUCCCCAGGCUCGCCCGCCUGGCGCUGUGGCUCCUGGCCGUGCCCGCCGUGGGCACGCGCAGCGACUGCGCCGCCGUCUGCCAGCAGACCCUCGCCAUGAAGAACAGGCGACAGGUCAGGCCGGAGGAGGCCAACAAACUCAUAUUCCUCAAAUCGAACAUGGCCUGAGCAGAGAGCGCGCGACAAACCUCCCGAACCGAACGCUGCCCCUUCGACAGCCCGCGAGCGGGCGUGCGGAGUGCCGACACGCGGACGCGGCCCUCAUCGCCAGAACGUCUUUCCGUUCGUUUUCUCCCGCUUAGGAAACACUUGAACCGUCUUUUAUCGUAGGCCGUGCUGUCGGAAGCAGAGGCUGCUGUCUCUCUGGCUUGUCAGCUGUCUUCACACCAGAGGGGAGCUUGAAUGUUACGUACGAACACACGCACCUUAAAGUUUUUUUACCUCGACCUUUUCUUUCCCCUCUGUGUCCGUCAUUGUUGGAAAUUCAAUUUGUGGAUCGAGUGGAGGUUCGCUCUCUGCUGUGGCCAGCAUUCGACUCAGUCAGUUCCACUACUGUUUUGACUGUAUUAUUUACCCCCGCAGAAUGACUACAGUUCCCAGACUGCCUUUUGGUCACGCUCACUGUCAGUUCUGUGGUUUGCAAGUGUGCUGGCCGGUGGUUCAGAAGCUGGUUCGCGACCCUGUUGGUUUUGACUCAGCGAAGCAUUAUUCUCAUGGUUUGCUUUUGUUAUUGUAACCACAGUUAUGUUAUCCUUUCCACAACCACACAAACCAGUUGUCGCACUCUUUUUCAUUUAUGUAUUAUUUUAUUUCGGGGGAAGAAGAAGCCUUUUUCUGACCUUUUGUCUUCCUUGAUAACCUUGAUGAUUUAAAACUAAACUGUAUUACACAACCGACAACCAUCAUUGGGGUGCAGAGUUUCUUUACACUCAGUAAUAUGCCAAAGAAAAACACAUGGCUGCUCAAACUCAUAUUUAGGAAAUGCAGGAUUCUGUUUAUGAGACGGGACUCCAGUUUCUGCCUCAUUUAGCGCAACGUAUCUGUGUCUGUGGUGUUGGCUUCGCCAACCAGCAUCGCGGCUCCUCUGUUUCCCAAACACUCUGCCCUCUCUGCUCGACAGCCGUCGACUGAACAGCUCGCUGGCGGGGAAUAAUUUUAAUAGCUUGCACGAAGAACAAGACAUGAGAGUUGUAACACGUCUGUGUGACACACUUCAUACUAAUACAAACUGCAGAGUUCUUAUCGGCUUCAAAGUAGCUAAUAGUAGAGAGGUGCAUGCUGGGAUAGGUACGGGGGGGACAGCAGGGAAGCCAGCGGGAUGCGAUUGGAGGCGUUCAGGGUUUGAGCUGCCUGGAUUGUGUUUGGCAGAAGGACUUUGGCUUUUAGGACGUCUGCGCGAUGCGCUUGUUUUGCGGAAGGAGUGCGGGUUUCCUCCUCACCCUGCGCAGCACGCCGUUGAUUUAGGGUUUCGCCGUCUUUCUCGGGACAGAAGCGUGUAGGCAGUGCCAUCUCGCUGCUCGAUAGGACGUGUCUGAAUACGCUAAACUAUCUGCGCUGAGAGGACACGAUAACGUAUUGUUAUGUAACAGAUUUCAUAUUAGAUAAUAUGAAUUAGCUGCUGAUAAUUGUUGUGUGCAGACAUUUCUAGCAACGUCUUGUUUUGAUGAGUAUGAUUACGAUUAUUAAUAUUGUCCCUAUCCAUAAAAAGUAAACGAUAGUCAUAAUAUUGUCAUAGUAUGGUAACUACAGGUUAAUGCCAUUCAUAUGGGGCAAUAUUAAGUUACUAGAAAUAAUAAAGGGAUUUUUAUGGCCAAAUAUGAUUUCAUCAUGGACUGUUAAGUACUAUUGUUGGACUGAAUGGUUUGUAUAUACACUACACUAUUCAUGGCCUAGUGUUUGUGUCAUGGUUAUUUACUCAAAUCUAAACCAUUAAAUUUUAUUGUGUAAAGCUCAGGAGAUCCCUCUUCUAAAGCCACGUGAAUGGUAGUAGGUGUCUUCCUCAACUUGUCUUUGGAAAUUUGACACUAAAGGGAUUUUAAAGGUGACGUCGCAUUAUUGUGCAAGUAACUACAUGCAGUCAGCUUUCUGGGGUGCGUUUGUAAAUCAAAAAACUAGAAAAUAGACGAGCUCUCAAAUUGUUAGUGCUUGUAUUGCCUGUUAAACACUCUUAAGAUGAGUUACGAGUUAUGCAUGCAGUUUGUAACAAGACAUUGACAAUAAAAGAUGAGAAUUUAAAGUACGCUGAUCUAUACAUACGUAAACAGUAGCUACAUAUUUUUAAACUUGGGAUAUCCUCUUGAAUAACUGUAUUUAAAUGUAGGGUUGUGGUGUGGGUGGGGGUGUAGUGUACAUAAGAAAAAUCAACUGCUGUUGUAAUCCAGAGCUACUGAUUCCCUAGUCUGAUAACACCGUACCUCUUUUUUAAAGCAACAGACAUUCACAGCCUUUUUAUAAACACACAUGGUAGGCUUGUGCAAUGCAUUCCCUUUAAAGGUGUCACAUUGGGCCAGUUUGGUUACUGUAUGUUGCUUUUUAAGAGCCGGAGGGAAGAAUAUUUUAUAAAGGGGUAAGCACGUUUGUCUGAAGGUUUUUUGGCAUUCUGUAUUCAAAGUUUCUGGCCCUUCAGAGUGGAAUGCAUUGUGCCGUUAUGGAACAACUUAGAUCAUAUUUAGAUUUUAGCAUAUUUAAAGUUUUUAUCUCAAGGUUUAAUUUCUAAAAAGAUAUGGCUUACUUAGAAAAAUGUGAGUGAAAUAUAUAUAUAUAUUUGUUUUGUCUGUUUUCUGGGACAAAGGAAGGCUCAUUUGCAAAUGUUUUGAAUCAAAAUAUGAAUAUUCUGUUGCCAUGUCAAUAUAUAGUCUACCAAUAUAUAUACCUGUCACAAAUGCAUAUAUCUCAGUGUUGCUUUAUUGUCAAUGCAAUAGUAAGUUAUUCAUCAUACGUUCCCCAUGAUUUCACGUUGGAUUGCAGAAUUCUACUUACUGUAACCUAUACCUGAAUAGUGUUUUGAUGCCUUCAUCUUGUUACCUAUUAUUCAAUUAUAGGGCCUUUUUCCACAGGUCAUGGCAGUUGUUUUUAUUGUUCCUCAUUGGUUAUUGUAUCUAAUGUCUUAAUAAGCAGUAGUCUUAAUUUAUACUUUAUAGCUACACUAUUUUUAUAUUGCAAAUGAUAGCUUCAGUUUUUUUUUUCCUGUCAAAAUCACAGCGCUGUGCAAUGUUCUUGAAAUAUAUUACCCACUGUAGUACAUGCUCUGUUAAUAAAACUAGCUCAAAUUAA